UGUUGGGCUGACCCUGAAAAUGAGGGUCCCGGCGGCGGUGGGUGGGCCGGAGCUCCGCGGUUUGUGAGGCGGCGCCUGGGAAGAACGGCUUUUGACCUUGGAGGGGGGGAGGGAGUCUGAUACGAAAACGGACUUGGCGGGCAGGAGAAGAGCCGGAGGCUGCUUGGCCAGAGUCUUACUCAGGAGACAGAUGCGAAGACGGCAAGCGGGAACACGCAUCUGGACGCGUGUCAGGCUCGAAGGCAGCGGAGGGUGGGGGGUUCAACGGGAAAGAAGGGAGGGGGCUCAGCACCAGAAGCACGAAGCUGCCACCUCUGGGACCUGUUUCGGGGGGAGACGCCGAAUUUCGGGGUUCGCGUGGAAAGCCCGUCCUUGAAAGGCUCUUGUGAAUAAAGGCACAAUGCUGGAAUCCUAUGUAACUCCUAUUCUAAUGAGUUAUGUGAAUCGUUACAUCAAGAAUUUGAAGCCCUCUGAUUUACAGUUGUCACUCUGGGGAGGAGAUGUAGUUCUCAGCAAACUUGAGCUAAAACUCGAUGUUCUUGAACAGGAGCUGAAAUUGCCGUUUACCUUUUUAAGUGGACACAUUCAUGAAUUGCGUAUUCAUGUACCAUGGACAAAACUUGGUUCGGAACCAGUCGUGAUUACGAUCAAUACAAUGGAAUGCAUCUUGAAGUUAAAGGAUGGACUCCAGGAUGACCAUGAAAGUUGUGGUUCCAGUUCAACAAACCGUAGUACUACAGAAGGUUCAAAAACGACAGUGAAACCAAGAAAAAUUCAACACACUUCUCCUGAUCCUGAUUUGCCACCAGGUUAUGUACAAAGUUUGAUUUGGCGGGUUAUAAACAACGUCAACAUCAUCAUUAACAACCUCAUACUCAAAUAUGUGGAGGAUGACAUUGUUCUUUCUGUUAAUAUUACUUCUGCGGAAUGUUACACAGUAGAUGAAUUUUGGGAUCGAGCCUUUAUGGAUAUAUCAGCAACUGAUUUGGUACUAAGGAAAGUGAUAAACUUUUCUGAUUGUACAGUUUGUCUAGACAAGAGGAAUGCUAGUGGCAAAAUUGAAUUUUAUCAAGAUCCUCUGCUAUACAAGUGUUCAUUUAGAACUCGCUUGCACUUCACUUAUGAUAAUCUUAAUUCUAAAAUGCCGUCCAUUAUUAAAGUUCAUACUUUAGUUGAAAGUCUGAAGCUUUCUAUUACUGAUCAACAGCUUCCUAUGUUUAUCCGUAUAAUGCAGCUUGUAAUUUCACUGUACUAUGGAGAAAUUGGUAAUGUUAAAGAUGGAGAAAGUGAAGACCCUGUUUGUCACACCAAGGAUAUCUUGGGUAAUAUCUCAGGUGCAGAAGAUGAAAUAGGCAAAGACAUUUCUCCAGAAUUUUAUAUCCCACAAGACGAUGAUCAACAGCAAGGAUGGGUGUCCUGGGCCUGGUCAUUUGUACCGGCUAUUGUGGGCACUGAUGAUGAAGGUAGAGAUGAUGUUGGAGAGGAUGAUGGAACGAUGAACCAACAGAAAAGUCCAAUCAUUAAGGAUCCCAUUGUUUCCAUAGGAUUUUAUUGCACAAAGGCAACAAUCACUUUCAAACUCACUGAAAUGCAAGCUGAAAGUAGUUAUUACAGUCCACAGAAAGUAAAAUCCAAAGAAAUAAUUUGCUGGCAACAAGAAGGAACUACCAUUGAGGCCCUUAUGAGAGGAGAACCUUUCUUUAAUUGCCAAAUAGGAUUUGUUGGUUGCCAAGCCUUUUGCCUUAAAGGAAUCAUGGGAGUUAAAGAUUUUGAAGACAACAAGAAUAGAAGUGAAUCAGAAGCAUGCUUUUUCCACUGUGGAGAAAAUCUCAGUACAAAAGGAAUGACAUAUCUUACCAAUUCACUAUUUGAUUAUAGAAGUCCCGAAAACAAUGGUGUCCGUGCAGAAUUUAUUUUGGAUGCAGCUGCCCAUAAGGGUCUGGAAAUCAGCCAGAUGUGACUUCUGUGAAGAUUGAAGACUUCAGUGGUGUUCAGGAGAUGUCUACAAAAAGUCUUAUUUUAGGACCUCUCAGUCUUCGACUUGAUAGCAGUGCAGUGCACAGAAUUAUUAAAAUGAUUGUUUGUGCUCUGGAACAUGAAUAUGAACCUUAUAGCAAGUCUAAAUUAGAUUUUAUAGAAGGAGCCAAAGUUUUGCCAAACACAGAAGAAGCUGCUGCCUUAGAGGAAUAUAUUCCAACUCGGAUCACAACCUUUACCAUUUUGAAAUGCACUGUCACUAUUCCUAAGGCUGAAUUCAACCUGCUUGCCCAUUUAUUGCCUGUCAUCAUGGGUCAAAAGAGUUCAAGCAGCUUCUUAACUACAACAAAUCUUCAGUUGCUACGGCCUCUGCCUUGUCUUCGAAUAUUAGUAGAUAAAAUGAUCCUGGAACAUUCAGUGCCAAUGUAUGCCGAUCAACUUGUGCAAUAUGUCAGCAGCCUUAAUCAACCAUCUGAUAAUUUACUUCACUAUUGCUAUACGCACUGCUAUCUUAAGAUAUUUGGUUUUCAGGCGGGAUUGACAUCAUUGGAUAUUAAUGGAUCUUAUAGUUUACCAAUUCCAGUAAUUCCUUCAUUCAGCACAGCUGUAUAUGGCAAAAUGCUUAAACUACCUAAAUACUGGUCUAAGCGAUCUAAUACUGCAGUGAACGAAUUUAUAUUUGAACUUCCAAAUUUGACAAUUCAAGCUACAAGAGCUCAGAACUUUCUAAUGCAAACUAUUUGGCAGAGUUGGGCUUAUACUGGAAAUUCCAAUUCAUCAUUAGUGAAUGAAAGUUUAAUGAACGAAGUCUUCCAAAUAUCAGGUGUGAAAACUAAGAAUCCUCAACCGAGUCUUGAGGGUUCAAUCCAAAAUGUUGAAUUGAAGUACUGCAGUACAUUGCUGGUCAAAUGUGCCUCUGGAACCAUCGGAUCAAUAAAAAUUUGUGCCAAAGCCCCAGGUGAAGGUGGAAAAGAGAAACGUAUCCCUUUAAUACAAGGUCCAUCCGAUACCAGAGACCUACACAACAGCAAAUGGCUCAAGGAAAGCAGAAAGCCAGAAUCACUCUUUGCUCCAGAUUGGUUAGCUUUCACCAUUCAGAUCCCUCAGUGUAAGGAUUACAGCUACAGUUCUGGAGCAGUGCUUUUGGCCAGCAUGCAGGGAUUAACCAUUAAUAUUGAUCCAGUUUUAUAUACUUGGCUCAUGUACCAACCUCAGAAACGGAGCAGCAGAUUGAUGCAGCAGGCUGCAUCUGUCUCUCUCGGGACACCCGUCACAAGGAAAAAAGAUGAUGAGAUGUCAGUUGGGAGCACACCAUUGGUUAAGCAUCAGUCCAAUCAGGCUUCUGAAUAUGCCAGUAGCCCUAUAAAAACAAAAACUGUAACAGAAUCGCGACCAUUAUCAGUACCUGUAAAAGCCAUGCUGAGUUCAGCUGAAAUGUGCAGCAAAAGUCCUGAAGAAAGAAUGAAAGAAUUUAUUAGUGUGGUAUGGAAUGCAGUUAAGUGCCUUACCCUUCAGAUGGAAGUGCAGUCAUGUUGCGUGUUCAUUCCCAAUGACAGCCUGCCAUCUCCCAGUACUAUUGUGUCUGGUGAUAUUCCUGGCACUGUCCGUAGUUGGUAUCAUGGGCAGACUAGUAUGCCUGGAACUCUUGUCAUUUGCUUACCCCUUCUAAAGAUUAUGAGUGCUGGGCACAAGUACAUGGAACCCCUCCAAGAGAUUCCCUUUGUUGUGCCAAGACCAAUACUUGAAGAAGGAGAUGCUUUUCCUUGGACAAUCAGUCUGAAUUAUUUCAGCAUCUAUACGCUCCUGGGGCAGCAAUUGACUCUUAAUAUCAUAGAACCUGUUGGCUGCACUUCUACUCUGGCAGUUACUUCACAAGUGUUGCCCACUGCAGGAUCAGAAUCCAGGCACUCAUUUGUUGUAUGUCUUCAUGUUGACCUUGAAUCACUUGAAGUAAAAUGCUCAAAUCCUCAGGUGCAACUGCUAUAUGAACUAACAGAUUUGAUGGAGAAAGUUUGGAAUAGGAUUCAUAAGAAGGGAAUUUUCCAUCAGUCUCUGGCACAUACAGAAUCUGUUUCAGGGCCUGUACCACCUGUUUCACCUGUUAAAAGUAGUAUUGGGACUGCUCCCCUGGAUGCCAGUACAUGUAGUCCAUCAGCUGACAUUGGGACAACUACAGAGGGUGAAUCCCUCCAAGGUGGUGAUGAUUCUCCAUUCUCAGACUCUGUUACCUUAGAGCAAACAACAAGCAAUAUUGGCAUCUCAAGCGGACGUGUGAGUUUAUGGAUGCAGUGGAUGUUGCCGAAGCUUACUGUAAAGUUAUUUGCACCAGAUCCAGAAAGCAAAGGCACAGAGAUAUGUGUGGUUGGUGAGUUAGAAGAUCUCAGUGCCUCAGUAGAUGUACAAGAUGUCUACACUAAAGUAAAGUGUAAAAUAGAAAGUUUCAACAUUGACCACUACAGAAAUAGACCAGGAGAAGGCUGGCAAUCUGGACAUUUUGAAGGGAUAUUUCUACAAUGCAAAGAAAAGCUUGUGCUUUGGGGAAGAUUCUUGGUCUCUGGGGAAAUGUGGAGGUGUCUUCCUUUCCUGUACUGACAAGCUGAACAGACGUACAUUAUUGGUUCGACCGGUCAGCAAGCAGGACCCUUUCAGUAACUUCUCUGGCUUCUUUCCUU